CUUCUUUUAAACAGAAAUAAUGGCGGACCAUUUGAGCGGAGAUUUGAUUGGAUUAUAUCAAGAUGCAUUCGUCAGGUAUGAUUUAGAUGCAGACGGAGUAGUAACCAGUGUAGAGGUUGGACAAAUAAUGAGAGCAAUUGGGCAGAACCCAAGUGAAGCUGAAAUACAGGAUAUGGUGAAUACUGUAGAUAAGGACGGAACAGGGAAUAUAGAUUUCCCCGAGUUCCUGUUGAUGAUGACGAUGAAGCACAUUAACGAGAACGCCGAGGACGAGAUCAGGGAGGCCUUCAAGGUCUUUGACGGGGAUGGGAAUGGGUACAUAAACAGGCAAGAGCUAGCCUGUGUUAUGAUGAAUAUAGGAGAGAAGUUAACAAUGGAGGAAAUUCAGGAGAUGAUAGAUGAAGCAGAUAUAGACGGAGACGGUCAGAUAAACUAUGAAGAAUUCUAUGUAAUGAUGACGGGGGCGCACGGCUAGGCUCAAACAUCAUGUUGAAACCAAUUGUAAAACUAUCAUUAAAAGUCGUCUUUAUU